GGAGGGGAAGCCAACAGGAGCAAAAGUAAUUGGGGCCUCCUAUGGAGGAACUCUGCCAAAAGGGCAAUUGCUUGGAUUUGCCAUCUCAGGAAUGGAAAAAGGGGGCGGAGAUCCUUUGGGGCUUUUGUGCCCAAUGGGCCGGCCCGAAAAGCUCGCACUUUACAGAGGCGGCCAGACUAGGGUGGAGGAAAGCUCAAGGGCCAUCGCUGGGUGCUUCGGUGGCGGGCAGAAACGGGACUGGCAGUGCCCACACGUGCGCGUUCUCUGCGUCAGCCCGAAGAUCCUAAUGGCUGACUCAGAAGCACUCCCCUCCCUUGCUGGGGACCCAGUGGCUGUGGAAGCCUUGCUCCGGGCCGUGUUUGGGGUUGUUGUGGAUGAGGCCAUUCAGAAAGGAACCAGUGCCUCCCAGAAGGUCUGUGAGUGGAAGGAGCCUGAGGAGCUGAAGCAGCUGCUGGAUUUGGAGCUGCGGAGCCAGGGCGAGUCGCAGGAGCAGAUCCUGGAGCGGUGUCGGGCUGUGAUUCGCUACAGUGUCAAGACUGGUCACCCUCGGUUCUUCAACCAGCUCUUCUCAGGGUUGGAUCCCCAUGCUCUGGCCGGGCGCAUUAUCACUGAGAGCCUCAACACCAGCCAGUACACAUAUGAAAUCGCCCCCGUGUUUGUGCUCAUGGAAGAGGAGGUGCUGAGGAAACUGCGGGCCCUGGUGGGCUGGAGCUCUGGGGAUGGAAUCUUCUGCCCUGGUGGCUCCAUCUCCAACAUGUAUGCUGUAAAUCUGGCCCGCUAUCAGCGCUACCCGGAUUGCAAGCAGAGGGGCCUCCGCACACUGCCGCCCCUGGCACUAUUCACAUCGAAGGAGUGUCACUACUCCAUCCAGAAGGGAGCUGCGUUUCUGGGACUUGGCACCGACAGUGUCCGAGUAGUCAAGGCUGAUGAGAGAGGGAAAAUGGUCCCCGAGGAUCUGGAGAGGCAGAUUGGUAUGGCUGAGGCUGAGGGUGCUGUGCCGUUCCUGGUUAGUGCCACCUCUGGCACCACUGUGCUAGGGGCCUUUGACCCCCUGGAGGCAAUUGCUGAUGUGUGCCAGCGUCAUGGGCUCUGGCUGCAUGUGGAUGCUGCCUGGGGUGGGAGCGUCCUGCUGUCACAGACACACAGGCAUCUCCUGGAUGGGAUCCAGAGGGCUGACUCUGUGGCCUGGAAUCCCCACAAGCUCCUCGCGGCAGGCCUGCAAUGCUCUGCACUUCUUCUCCAGGAUACCUCGAACCUGCUCAAGCGCUGCCAUGGGUCCCAGGCCAGCUACCUUUUCCAGCAGGACAAGUUCUAUGAUGUGGCUCUGGACACGGGAGACAAGGUAGUGCAGUGUGGCCGCCGUGUGGACUGUCUGAAGCUGUGGCUCAUGUGGAAGGCACAGGGCGAUCAAGGGCUGGAACGGCGCAUCGACCAGGCCUUUGCCCUUGCCCGGUACCUGGUAGAGGAAAUAAAGAAGCGGGAAGGGUUGGAGCUAGUCAUGGAGCCUGAGUUCGUCAAUGUGUGUUUCUGGUUCGUACCCCCCAGCCUGCGAGGGAAGCAGGACAGUCCAGAUUACCACGAGAGGCUGUCCAAGGUGGCCCCCGUGCUCAAGGAGCGCAUGGUGAAGGAGGGCUCCAUGAUGAUUGGCUACCAGCCCCACGGAACCCGGGGUAACUUCUUCCGUGUGGUUGUGGCCAACCCUGCGCUGACCUGUGCUGAUAUGGACUUCCUCCUCAACGAGCUGGAGCGACUAGGCCAGGACCUGUGAGCCUUCUCCUUGCUGCCAGCCUUGAUACCACCCCUCACCCGCAGAGUCGCUGCAUUUCCUCCCUGUGCUCUCAAGAACAGCCUUUGAGGCCGGGCACGGUGGCUCAUGCCUGUAAUCCCAGCAUUUUGGGAGGCCGAGGUGGGUGGAUCACUUGAGGUCAGGAGUUCGAGACCAGCCUGGCCAAUAAGGUGAAACCCUGUCUCUACUAAAUACACAAAAAUUAGCUGAGCGUGGUGGCAUGCGCCUGUCAUCCCAGCUACUCGGGAGGCUGAGGCAGAAUUGCUUGAACCCAGGAGGCAGAGGUUGCAGUGAGCCGAGAUCGCACCCCUGCACUCCAGGCUGGGCAACAGAACGAGACUCCGUCUCAAAAAAAAAAAAAAAAAAAAAAAGAAGAGCCUUUCUAGGCCACAGUGAUCUGCACAAUGUUUAUAUGCUUUGACCUACUAACUCCUUCUCCUAACUAAAUAUUUGAUUUUAGGAGAGUGUUUAAAUAAAUUAUAGUAUGUCUGUAUGAUGGAAUGUCAUUUUGCCAUUAAAAUUAUGUUUACAAAGAUAAUUUUUAUUGACAUAAAAAUAACUUUAAUGUAAUUUAUGUUGAAAAAGCUGAAUAUAAGACUUUAUAUACAGUAAUAUUUGAGCUAUGUUCAAAAAUACAUAGGAAAAGACUGAUAAAAUGAAAUAUGGCAAAAUGUUAAUAGUUUUCCCUGGAAUAGGGUAAUAGGCAAUUUUAAAACAGACUCCUUUAAAAAAACAAAAGAAAAAAGCAUAGACUCCUUUAUAUGUUUUGAGCUCCGUCCCUUUUAUUAUGUAAUCAAUAUGCAUUACUUUUGUAAUGGGAAAAUAAUAAAGUUAAAAUUUCAAGUGCA